GGGGGGGGGGAAGCCAACCAAUCAGGACGCAGCACCCGUUGCGUAGAGGCGGGACAUGGAAGAGAAAAAGCCGAACGUUGGCGCAAGCCAAUCACGCUGGGAACGCGGCUCUGGUUGGUCCGGCGCUGUUAUUAAGGAGGGUCCUGACGACAGUCGCUGUGUUGAAAUUCCAGUGCUAACCAACUUUAGCCAGCGCGCUAACAUGUAAUUGAGCGAAUUUGAAGAGCUUCACGUGCUGCGCAGUCCUGGCUUUAAUAGCGUCAGUGAUAAGUUGCAAACAGGCCGCAGUGUAAACAUUCGCCUCCAUGUUGGCUGCUGCGUGUGCAUCAGCUCCUGCUACCGGGACAUGGCCAGUUAGCCAGUACGCAGUAUUCGUUGGAUAAACGAAGCUGGCGAGCUAGCUGGAAGGAAGGGGGGAAAAAGCCGUUCGGACCGGGGCGGCGGGGGGCGGCUUGUGAACAGGUUCGUCGCUCGGAGGAGGCGGAAAGCCGGAUGCUGUGACUGCCAUGAGUCCCGCAGGCUGCCCCCAUGUGAACAGCUUCAAAGUGGACAACUGGAAGCAGAACCUGAGGCUUAUUUAUCAAUGUUUCGUGUGGAGCGGUUCAGCCGAGACCAGAAAACGCAAGGCCAAGUCAUGCAUCUGCCACAUGUGCGGAGCCCACCUCAACAGACUCCACUCCUGCCUCCACUGUGUCUUCUUCGCCUGCUUCUCCAAGAAACACAUCCACGAACAUGCCAAGAGCAAAAGGCAUAACCUCGCCAUCGACCUGCUGUAUGGGGGAAUUUACUGCUUUAUGUGCCAAGACUACAUUUAUGACAAAGAGAUGGAGCAGAUUGCCAAAGAGGAGCAGAGGAAAGCCUGGAAGAUGCAAGGCAUCGGGGAGAAGUACUCGACGUGGGAGCCAACCAAGAGGGAGCUGGAGCUGCUGCGUCACAAUCCCAAGAGGAGGAGGAUCACCUCCAACUGUACUAUUGGCCUGCGCGGUCUGAUCAACCUGGGCAACACCUGCUUCAUGAACUGCAUCGUCCAGGCGCUGACGCACACGCCGCUGCUGCGCGACUUCUUCCUGUCCGACCGACACAAGUGCGAGAUGCAGAGCAACUCGUGCCUCGUGUGCGAGAUGUCCCAACUCUUCCAGGAGUUCUACUCAGGCCACCGCUCCCCUCACAUCCCGUUCCGCCUGCUGCACCUGGUGUGGACCCACGCCCGGCACCUGGCCGGCUACGAGCAGCAGGACGCCCACGAGUUCCUCAUCGCGGCGCUGGACGUCCUGCACCGACACUGCAAAGACGACAACGGGAAGAAAGCCAACAACCCAAACCACUGUAACUGCAUCAUUGACCAAAUCUUCACAGGGGGUCUGCAGUCUGACGUCACCUGCCAAGUGUGCCAUGGUGUUUCGACAACCAUAGACCCGUUCUGGGACAUCAGCCUGGACCUACCCGGAUCCUCCACGCCUUUCUGGCCCCUCAGCCCCGGAGGAGAUGUGACAGCACUUAACGGGGAGAGUCACGCCACUGGAGCCACAACACUUAUGGACUGUCUGCGCAGGUUCACCAGACCGGAGCACCUCGGCAGCAGCGCCAAGAUCAAGUGCAGCGGUUGCCAUAGUUACCAGGAAUCCACCAAGCAGUUAACCAUGAAGAAGUUGCCUAUCGUAGCCUGCUUUCACCUUAAAAGAUUUGAACAUUCAGCCAAACUACGGAGGAAGAUCACUACUUACGUCUCGUUCCCACUGGAGCUGGACAUGACCCCCUUCAUGGCCUCCAGUAAGGAGAGCAGGAUGAACGGGCAGUACCAGCAGACCGUGGAGGCGUUCAACAAUGACAAUAAGUACAGUUUAUUUGCCGUGGUGAACCACCAGGGGACACUAGAGAGCGGCCAUUACACCACCUUCAUCCGGCAGCACAAAGACCAGUGGUUCAAGUGUGACGACGCCAUCAUCACCAAGGCUAGCAUCAAAGAUGUGCUCGACAGUGAAGGGUACCUCUUGUUUUAUCACAAACAGUUCCUGGAGUACGAAUAGCCUCCAGGAGGAACCCAAUCAGGAAAAGGUGACGAGUGCGUAAGGGAGAGUCAUGGAGUUCCGUUCCUCCGCGCAGCAGCGAGACCCUGCGCAGGGAUGAAACCGAUAAAAAAAAAAUGACUCGUGCAAAACCGCUAGAAAUACAGACAUUUGUGUUCUUGCUGACGUUAUCACUUGAAUUCAGGACAUGAAGAGGGAAAAAGAAGCUGUGAAAGUCUGCUCUUGCUUUUCAGAUCAUGGACAGUUGGUGUCUUAUCCCGACAUUUCUUCUGUUGAUUACCACGUAAAACUCCGGGAAGCUUUAGAUGUAUAUAUAUUUUUUCUUUCUCCAUUUUUCUCAAACCCCACUUCCGUCUUCAUGCUUGCACAGCCGCAUUCAUCACAGGCAACGUUUCCGGACACGAGCGCAUACUUCGUCCGACGUGCAAACACUCCUCUGCAAGACCAAAUAUUUUCAGCACGGAAGUUGUCUUAUUAUGCAGUUUCUGUCCAGAGUUGGGAAUAAUGGAAGACCAUCAUCUGACAGUAUUCUAACAUUAUUCCAAUUAUUAUUUGUCAGAUUGUUGUAGUCAAAGUGGUACUAUUAUUAUUAUUAAUAAAAAAAUAGGCUUCCAUAGUUAAAGAGGGGAAAUGAAUGACCCAGUAAAUAUAUUUUUAUACAUCUUGCAUUCGAAUGGUUUGUUUACGGUUUUGCAUUCUCUUUGACAAAAGAAAAACAAAAUGCAUUAUUCGUCUGUUGAGUCGUGUCGUCGAUCAUGUUUUUGUACACAAAAGACAAAAAGAUGCUAAGGAUUUUUGUGAAGCUGCUGCUAUUGCCGUUUUUUUUUCUUGUGUGUUUGUUUUCUUUACCUUUAUCUAGUGCUGAACAGUUAUUGGCACCGCCGGGUUAGUUGGUGUAAAGACAGAUAAAUUUCUCUUUUAUUGCAUUACAAUAAUCUCACCCCAGCAAAAUUAAGAACAGUCCAAAUUUUUGUGAAAUUGUUGUACCUUCUUCUGCCUGUCGGAUAGCUCUUUCAGAAAGGGGGAGCUUUGACUGUUCCUCUUUGCAUAUUAUUACUCCAAUUUCUAGAGAAUACAGUACUCACUACUUCAUUUAGGCCCAGAGACUGACGGAAAGUUGAUUCUUCUCUGGUAAUCCAGUUCUCUGUUGAUUCCGACAUGUUUUGAAACACGACCUCGACCCAAGUGGUUUGUUCCCAAAAAUCCGUACACGAGGCCCCUCUCCAAGCUGAUCCCAAAUAUGAGUUUUCAUGCUGACAUUUGAGUUUUCAAAAGUCAAUAUCGCAGCAGUUAAAAAGUUUCGCACAUCUUCCUUUGGAAAGGUUAAGAACGCGUCUUCCGUUUUGUUCUUUUGACUUUGAAGUGUUCCAACAGUCAGGGGAACAAAAACUACCCCUGGCUGAAGUCCAGUGACUUAUUUCAGGUUUUUUUUUGGUUUUUUUUCCCUGUCUUGGCACGCUUCAGCUCAAACCGUCCGAUGGUAUGCUAAUGCCAAGAAAUGAGUGUGUAGGAUGCUCCGCUUCAGCCCUGGUGUGUUUUCAUCUUUAGCUGCUACAGUAUUUUACUAUUUGAAGUAGUAAUUGGCGGUUCUUCUGUCUGGGUUGCUCCACUUUAGGAGGAGCUUUAACACAAAUUCAUUCUUUUUUUAACAUCAGUUGCAGUAGGUUUGACAACUGGUCGGCAUGUAGAUGGUGUCUAAUGGUUGCUAUGGACACUUUUCUCCUUUACCUUCCUGUUUGGGGGCUAAACCAGUGUCCUUGUAUGUCGAGUGGCCAGAAUAAAAGAAGGUUGACCUUCUUGUGUUUCACAUUUACAACUCGUGGAAACAGGAAGGCAUUAAUUGUUUUAAUUUUUUUUUAAAAAGUAAAGCAUAGAUGAAAAAUUCCUGCAGGAUACAUAUAGUUGUCUUUUCUUUUAUUCAACAUUAUUCUGCAUAAAUGUACAGUUUCUGUGAGGUUAUUUACUGCAGUAAAACAUAAAUUUAUGAAGAUUUCGACACGCAAUGCCAAUAAGUUGUUUUUUUUUUGUUUGUUGGUUUUCUGUGACUUUUUUUUUUUUUUUUUUUUCUCCUCCCCGCGUUGACGGCAUGUUGUCAUGUUGCUGUUUCAGGUAAAUGGCCUAAAAAGAAACAAAUGGCAGAAAACGAAGGUCGAGUUUGUGCAAAGGGUCAAAAGCCGCAGCGUUAACCGUCAGCCGCGCGCUGCUCCGGCCGAGCCGAGCCGUCCGUUUCCGCGCUCGCGCGUCUACGAAAGAAGAAGAAGCUCAAAAGCUUAGAGUAGAUGUUUGUAUAAAAUGUGUUCUGUGUAAAGAGAGAAAAAAAAAAAAAAAGACAAAGUGUGAGAUCUCGUUUGUAUGCACGUGUGUCGUGCGUAUGCACUGUACGUUUGUGUACUGAAUCAGUACUUGCAUUCAGCAUGCUGCCUAAGCUGGUAUCACAGUUUUGAUAUGUUUUGAAAUUUUCUUUCUCUUCUGCUCACAUGGCGACGAUGAUAUGAUGUGUGUAAAAGUGUAUGUGUACAGUUUGUACGUACGAGACGACAGGUGGAGAACUCAAAAGCCGACGGGAGUCAUUCCGCUAACGCUGCUGCGUCCAGCCGGAGGGGUCGCCGAGAGCGGGGAACCUGUCCUGACCGAGCUCGGCAGCCGUUUCACACACACACACACACACACACACACACAGUUGUUACUGCUGCAAAAACUGGCGAGAUUGAUGGAAACACUCAAAUAAAGAAACUGUAUCUGGGGAAAAAAACCAACA